AUGCCUAACACAACCAUAAUAUCAACUGCAGUACAUCUUGCCAUUAUUCUACUUAAUCCAAUUAAAAAUGAACCAGCAAUAUCAAAACAAGAUAUUCAUAACCCUGCAUUAGUUGCUAUAAAUCAUCCACUAAAAAAGAGUAAGAAAGCCAAUGCUGAAAACAGCUUUCCUAUUUCAGCAAUGAAGAUGAAGGAAGCGUGGCUUUGUCAUCUACCUAUAGAAUAUAGUUCUUCAUAUAAACCUAGUUUGUUUAGUUGUGAUUCUUCUAGUUGUUCUAUUACUAAUAUUAUAAUUACUAUAGAAACAGGAUGGUUAUUACCUUGUGGCCAUGCGUAUUAUAACAUAUGCUUCAGCCAGAAUGGAUCCAAAUUCUUGCAUUGUUUAAAUUACAUCAAGGAUGAUAUUGACAAACAUGUUCAAUCACUAUUGGAUAAUGAUUACGAUAAUACUAAGAAAUCAGCCGAUGGUAUUUCAGCUCCUUGGGAUAAUACUAUAUCACGAUUUCUUCUACUAUAG